AUGGCUGACUCGACGGAUACUGCUGGCGGCUCAAUGUCGCGACCUUCGACCUCAAUGCGCGGCACCUCUCCCAAUACCAACGCUUCCUCACACACAGUCAUUGCGCCAGCUACAAAUGACUCCCCGACACGCUCGUCGCAACAACCACGGCGAGGCACGGGCUUUGAGAGCAGCUUCCUUGAAGCUGCACCCAUGGACCAUACCGUCGCUCCCGACGACAACGUUUCCGAAGCCGCUGUGAGGCAGCACCUGAAAGAUGUCGAGUCGAGCUUCCUCCCGGUGCUUUCUCCCAUCCCAACAGCCCCCUCCAACGGCGAGCCCGCAACCGACGACACAUUUCUCUUUGACUCGCCUCAAAAGGUCGACCUGCCACCCCUCCAGCCCGUCCACCACAGCGAGGAGCCAGACACCACCACCGUCAGCAACACCACCUCCAACCUUGAGGCAUUUGACUCGUCCCCUACUGCGGCCGCCGCUGCCCGCACCGUAUCACGCGCCGUGAGCAUGGCCAGCAAUCCCACGCUACAGAUACCCGAUACAGAAGACAACAAUGGCGCAGUCGGCGACGAGUCGUUUGCCUCGAGCGCGGACCACAAUGACAGUCGCUGGUCCCAAUCUCAGCGGACUGAUCGUCUUGAUGCUGGUAGCACACCAGGAUUUGCGCUGCGUACCAAGCGUCCAAAAUACUUGCGCAGCCGAUUUGGUAGUCAGCGAUCCUCGACCUCUUCCUUCAUCACUAACGCUGAGUCCUUUGAUGACGGUGAUCUCACCUCGAACCACGACAUCGAUUUGGCGCUGCAGUCUGGUGGCGUCAUGCCCUCCAUGGGAAGGCCACCAUUACCGGGCCACAUGAUGCCACGCACAGUCAGCAUUGGCAGCAUCGUCUCUGGUAUGGGCAUGGAUGAGGAUUUUGGUGAUCUGUCCCAGCCGCUAGAGUCUUUGCCCGAGAUCGAGAGUCCUAUCCGAGCUAAAAGCUCUCGAUUUGACCCGCUCAAAACGCCCAAGCCCUCAAGAGAGAACCUAAACGCCGCCCCGACAGACACCGUCAUCGCGCAGCAUGUGAAAAACGUCCACGUCCCAGAGUCACUGGCCAAGGAGUAUAAGUUUCGAUCUGGCCUGGAAACCCCCUUUCGGCCGACGAGUAACAAUGCAGGCGCUGGCACGAUACGUAGUGGCAAAAGUCUUACCCUCAAAGAGCAGAGCAGCACAAUCGAGAAGCUUUCAAAAGAAAAUUUUGACCUGAAACUCAAGGUCAUGUUCCUGAGCGAUCGUCUGGACAAGCUAUCAGAGGAAGGAGUCAAGGAAAUGAUUUCAGAGAAUGUCGAACUCAAAACAACUUUGGCCGUGCUGCAGCGUGACAACAAAGUUCUACGAAAACGCGUCAAGGAGCUCGAGAAGCGCAUUAAGGAAGACGAAGAGCGACCUAGCACCGGUGGAUCCAGCAACGACCAAGCAAGCCGUCUCAACGAACAGGAAACCUGGGAGCGCGAGCAGGAGCUCAUUUUUCUUCGGGAACGCGUUGAGACGUACGCUACAGAGAUUGAGAAGCUUCGAAGCGAACGCAUGAAUAAGGAGUCUGAAAAGAAGAAGCUUGCCGAUAUUGUUAAGAGCCUUAGCGAGCGUGCUGGCGAAAAGAUUGAUCGUCAAGAAGAAGCAGACGUCUGGAGAGACCUGCUAGAGCAGGAAACCGCCCAUCGCGAGCAGACAGAGGACGACAAUGUGAAGCUACGCGAUGAGGUUUUCAGGCUAAAGAAGGAAAUGGCUGCCAUGCAAAGUGGCCACACUACCAACAUCUACAGCAUUACCAAACGUCAGCGCGAUCGUGCAAUCUCGCCGAACAAAUCGGCAGAUGUAGAAAGCUCAAAUGCUGGUUUUAGCGCUGCUAGCACUCUUGUCGACGAACUCAGACGAGAGAGCGAGAAGCUGCGCCAUGAAAACGCAGAAUUGCGCCGUGAAGUCGGCGCGCAGACUUCGAUGCUGACAUCACGCAACCGCGAGAAGGAUCGUCUACAGCAGGAGAUUGAGGAUCUCAAAAUCUCGCAAGGCCGUAGUGGUGCCGCCUCAACCGCCGACAGUAUUCUUGAACGCUCCGCGUCCAGAGCUGGCGCUCGUUAUGAGUCUCCCUCCCACGUGAGCGUCCGUACUCUGCCCACCGCAGUGGAGGAUGCCGAGCGCGAAGACUUGGAGGACAGGCUGGCAGAAGCCAGAGAUCGCCUGAGCGAAGUCAAAAUGCACAACCAAGAACUGCAACGCGAGCUGGACUCUUGCAUGAACGAUUUCGAGAUGGUGGUCACCGGAAAGCGCGAGGCGGAAAAUGCGGUCGUUUCUUUGCAAGAAGAACUCGAUGUCGCCUUGAAUGACUUGGUGGCACUGCAAGCUGAGCGCGAUACCGUUCUUCAAGACUACGGUGAACUGGAAGAAGAGUUCAAUAGGCUGCGUGACGAAGCACAGAUAGAAGUCGACACAAUGGAUGAGGAACUCGCCCUAAGGGCUAGAGAAAUUGAUUCACUGCAGGCUGAUCUCACCGACCGCGCCGAAAAUUUUGACGCCUUACAAUCCGCGAUGCGCGAUAUGAGCACCUCACUUGUCGGUUUGGAGGAUGAACAAAACAAAAAGGUUCGACGAAUCCAGCAGCUUGAGGCUGAGGUCGAGUCUUCCAACCGCGAACUGGAGGCAUACGAGCUGAAGCUCAACGAAGAAUUAGAAAAGAACCGUCGUCUGGCGGUGCAGCAAGAAUCUUCUCAGGGCGAAAUUGCCUUUUUGCGCGAGGAGCAGGAAGCCGACAAGAUUCGUAUCGGCGAUCUUGAAGCAGCAAUUGCCAACGCUGAGCAAAGCUUGCGCGAUGAAAAGGACAGAGCCAAGGAACUCGACGAGCGGCUGCAGCAAGAGCGCGCGCAGCGCGAAAUGGUGGCGAACCAGGAGAAGGAGGAGGUACAGCAGUUUGUUAAUGAGCUAAACCGCGAGGCCUCUUCUGCUCAAGAUGAAGCCCGAAGACUGCGUAAGAGCUUGUCUUCGCGCGAAGUCGAGGCGACUGCCUGGAAGGAGCGCCUGCAGGAACUAGAGAAUAACUUGCGCGUCACACUUGGAGAUCUUAACGGCACACGAUCGUCUCUCCUCGGAUCGAUUGCUAGGAUCCAACGAGACUUGGAGAAUACUGUUCGGGAACUAGACCUUGCCAAGGCGUCAGUCGUUGAGAAAGACCGCCUCAUCAAGCAGCGUGACUCGUUGCUUGAAUCGCUCGGGUUGGAAAGCCAGAAGACCGCCGAGCUGCUGGAGAAGGAAAGGCUCGCCCAUCGACACACAAAGUCUGACUUUGAGACAUUCCAACGGACACAUCAGCAUCUGUCUCGCACUGCCAGCACGCAGGAUGUCCGCAUCGCCGAGCUCGAAAGCACGCGUGGCCAGGAGCGACGCAAGCUGGCGACGCUGGAGCAGAACGCACGCGAGCAGCUGAUGGAGCGCAACGAGCUUCUGCUGCAGCUCUGGAAACGCCUCAGCGUCCUGUGCGGCCGCGAAUGGGCACACAGCCACACCUUGGUUGACAAGCAAGCCGUGCCGAGCGUGGAAGUUGUCUCGAGCCGCCUGCCAGGCUUUACCAAGAACCUGAUGGCCGCGAUCAAGAUGAUUGAGAACAUGCUCAAGUCUUUCGAGUCCAAGAUUAACUCGGUGGAGCGCGAUCUCUCGCGCGAGUAUCAGGCGCUGGAAAAUAACCUCGAGUCGCGCACCAAGCGGCUCGACCGCGUUGAAACGCUGGUACGCACGCAGAUUGCGGCGGGCGCCAUGGGCUCCAUGACGUCGCAGGAGCUCAAGGGCCGGCUGUCGCGCGUCGAGUACGCAUACCAGAAGCUCAAGGUUGAGUACGAAACGCUCAAGACGGCCACGAGCGUACGUGCGCGCGCCGCGGCGCACCACACCGGCAGCGAGUCGCCCAGGUCCGGCAGCGCGGGUGGUUCGCCGUCGCCGGCUGUCCACCGCGGACCCGGCGAGCGCGACAAGGAACGUGGAGGAUCGAGGUCCUCCAGAGAAAGUCGCAUUCCUGCGAUGGCUCAUCACCGCAGUAGCCAGGCGACACCGACCUCGGCCGGCGGGUCGGACGCGGCGGCUCUCGUUGAGCUGCCUAAGGGAGGUAGUGAGGGUGCGAGCGCGGGCGUGGGCGGCCCCAAGGACACGUCCCUGAUGAUGCGGCUCAAGGCACUCGAGUCAAAGCUAAGCAGGGAGCGGGAGAAGAGAGACCAAGAGAGGGACGCGGCGAGACAGCGCCUUGGGGACCUGGAGGAGGAGAACAAAGGCCUCCGAGGCAAGAUUCAACGGAGGCAGAUGGCGGAGUAG